CAAACACAAGGAAGAGGGAACACAAAACACUAGUCACGAACCGGCUCGGCAACACAACAGAGUGGGGCAAGACCAUUUAAAUGAUGGCCUGUGUAGAGAAAAUGGCCAGCAGCCAUAGUCAUGCCACGUUUUUCCUAAGUUUUUCAAUUUUCUUGUGGUUUUCCCUGCAUAUUGUUCAUGUAUCUGCUACAGAACCCACCGUUCCUUGGUACGAAAAUUUACCGGCCGUUGCUAUGGACUACAAAGUGCAUAUAGACCCUGGCAAAGAGGACUGUUACUUUCAAUAUGUUAACCCAGGGGCUACUUUUUAUGUUAGUUUUCAGGUAGUUCGAGGAGGCGAUGGUAUGGCCGGCUUUGCAGUAAGAAAUCCAAAAGGCGACAUUGUUCAUCCAUACCAAUGGAAGCCCAACAGCGAAUACCAGGAACAAUCUUCUGUUGGGGGCUACUACUCAGUUUGCAUUGAUAACCAAUUCUCAAGAUUUGCUGGCAAACUAGUAAACAUCUACUUGACUGUUGUUAGAUAUGAUAUGUGGGAACAGUAUACAAAAGAUGUGGAGGAACUUAAUAUGAAUAUGGAAAAUUUCACUACCACCAUCAUGGGCGUAGAACGCAACAUCAACGAAAUGCGACAAUACCAACACCAUACCAGAGGGCGAGAAGCUUGGGAUAUGAGCCUUUUAACUGCCAACAACACGUAUGUGGUACGCUGGUCACUCAUUCAAAUUGUAGUAAUUGCAAUCACUACUAUAGUGCAGGUAUACUUUCUCAGAAAAUUAUUUGAAACUAAGACUGGCACCGGAUUUAGUAAGUCAAGGAUUUAAUCUAUUUUCCAGAGUAAAAUGCCAUUGAAAAUUGUUUUAUUUGUUUCCAAAAUAUGAUUUAAGGAAGCUAUAUGACAUCAAACCAAAAUGAAACCCAAUUUUUAAUGAUACGGAAAGAAUUAUAUAGAUUUUAAAAUAAUUUGAUACUUGGUGAUUCUCAGAGGCUUACCUACCAAGGUUUCUGUGAGGCUUUCUGGAAUGAAUACAUGCAUUAUUAAAUUAUUCUUUGUUGCAACCAUGGUUUAUCAGGGACUGCAGAGCAUGCUAAUAUUAUUAUUAAUAUUCAAAUUGGUUGUAAAAUCAAUAAAGGAUGAAGGGUUAACAAUUUAAAAAAACUCGAUUGUAUUUAAGGUUUUUAUCGUUUUUCUUGAGAUCUUCCUCCCUUCUGCAAGAAUUAGGUAGUUCUCCAAUGGACGGCCCUAGAAGUACAUAUAAAAAGUACAUCAGAGUCGAGGUAAUUGUUGUUCAAAGUACAUACAUAUUAACUUGAGAAUAAAGAGUGCAAAAAUGCUGUAGUUUUUGACUGCAUUUUUUGGAUUGUCACAGUUGCCUUUUCCUCAUAUGUUUUUAACUUUAUAAAGUCAUUACCGAGUGGUUUGUAUCAAUGAGUUGUCACAUUAUGUCUACCGUAAAUAGAACAUGAAAAAAAUUAAGAUGUCUAAAUGAGGUAACUAAACUAGGAAAUAUGUGAUGGAUGCUAGGACAAGUUGGACCUGUAGUACAAGCUUAGGAAUACCUCAGGUAGGCAUCAAAUAGUGGAUGCUGAGGUCAUUGCAAAAUUAGAAAAUGAAAGCGGAGAGAGUGACAACAAAGAAGCCAUUGCAAAAUUAGAAGAUGAAAGAGAUGAGAGCAAAAUAUCUUUAUGAGGGGCAUCCCUGAGUAAUCAGGACGAAAUUUCAGGCAUUAUUUUUCAGAUAAGUGGAUAGACUCAUAAGGUCACUCGCUCAGAGGACCCACUUGAUCGGAAUAAAUCAUGUCUAUUUUACUUUAGCUGAACCCACUGUAUAGUUUUUAGGCGGGCCAUACACAGACACUAGUGUGACUGAAGAUAGUAAGAAGCGGGAAACGAACAGUAACAGAAAUACUUUUAUUAAAGGCUCUGUAGAAAGAUGGUUAAUUUAAAAAUGAAAAUGUUGUCUAGGUCAUUUUAGGUAUAUGUUUUAUCACUUCCUAGAUAAAUUUCACUUCAAAAAGCUACACUGAGAGUCACCUAGUUGAUACAAAUACUUUUAGAUCCAUAGCAAAUAUUGAUGAAAAAGUGUUGAUAUGUUCACUAAAAAACAAGACUGUCUCCUUAUUAUUUUUAGUCUAUUUACCUGCAUUUAAACUCCAUUUUGUGUUGAUUAUAUUUUUGGAAUUCAAUUGAAUCGAUUUCUGGUUUCUUAUUUAAACAAAAAUAUGUACAAAAUCAAAAAGUUCUUCCAACCUAAUCAUUUAAGCAUUUUUUUCUAAUUUUUCGCAUUCCCUGAAGUAUUAUAUAUAUGUCAAAAUAUUUAUUAGAUCAUAAACUAUUUAUGUUUAUUAAUUCUCUAAUAAUCUCUCUAAAACUGAACUGUGAUGAGUUGACGUUUUUUUUAUAGUAUGUAAAUUACCUUAUACAAUGUGCAAAGGUAAUGUAAAUUGUUUUAAUUUAUUUUUUCUUAUUUUUGAUCAAUUUGUUUUGCCCCAAAAUAGAUUGUUUUAGUUCUUAGUUGGUACGAUAAUUUGUUUGUUUGGGUUAGUUAGUUUCACAAAUGAAUAUUUUCAUGGGUGGGAACAAAAACGAGAGCAAAUAUUUUUAUAUAAAUGUGUACAGAUAUAGAUAUAAAUGUUUUAUAUAUACAAAUCAUGUUACAAAUACUAUAAAAUAAAGUUUUACUAA